UAGUUCCGGCCGCGGCCAUUCGGUACCGCCGCCGCCGCCAUUUCGGGAGCGCCGCCUCAGCGCGCCGCGACCGCGGGCAGCUCGGCCCGGCCCGGCCCGAGCGCACCUUCUGCCGUCGCCGCCACAGCCUCCCCGGCCCCCGUCCCGAUGGCGACCUCCGUGGGGAACGUGGCGGACAGCACAGAACCAACGAAACGUAUGCUUUCCUUCCAAGGGUUAGCGGAGUUGGCUCAUCGUGAGUAUCAGGCAGGAGACUUUGAAGCAGCAGAGAGGCACUGCAUGCAGCUCUGGAGGCAGGAGCCUGAUAACACUGGUGUGCUUUUGUUGCUGUCAUCCAUUCACUUCCAGUGCCGCCGACUGGACAGGUCUGCUCACUUCAGCACUUUGGCAAUCAAACAGAACCCACUGCUGGCUGAAGCCUAUUCAAACCUAGGCAAUGUGUACAAGGAGCGUGGACAGCUGCAGGAAGCAAUUGAGCAUUACAGACAUGCACUGCGCCUCAAACCUGAUUUCAUUGAUGGAUAUAUUAAUUUGGCUGCUGCACUCGUAGCUGCAGGUGAUAUGGAAGGAGCAGUACAGGCCUAUGUGUCUGCCCUUCAGUACAAUCCUGACUUGUACUGUGUUCGUAGUGACCUGGGGAACCUGCUCAAAGCCCUGGGUCGCUUGGAAGAAGCCAAGGCGUGUUACUUAAAAGCAAUUGAGACUCAACCAAACUUUGCAGUGGCUUGGAGUAAUCUUGGCUGUGUUUUCAAUGCCCAAGGAGAAAUUUGGCUUGCAAUUCAUCACUUUGAAAAGGCUGUAACACUUGACCCAAAUUUUUUGGAUGCUUAUAUCAAUCUGGGAAAUGUUCUGAAGGAGGCAAGGAUAUUUGACAGAGCUGUGGCAGCUUACCUGCGAGCCUUGAGUCUGAGCCCGAAUCACGCAGUGGUGCACGGCAACCUUGCCUGUGUGUACUAUGAGCAGGGCCUGAUAGACCUGGCCAUAGACACCUACAGGAGGGCCAUUGAGCUGCAGCCCCACUUCCCUGACGCCUACUGCAACUUGGCCAAUGCCUUGAAGGAGAAAGGCAGUGUGGUAGAAGCAGAGGAAUGCUACAACACAGCCCUUCGACUUUGUCCCACUCAUGCAGACUCACUCAACAAUCUGGCAAACAUCAAGCGGGAGCAGGGCAAUAUUGAGGAAGCUGUGCGGCUUUAUCGGAAGGCUCUUGAGGUGUUUCCAGAGUUUGCUGCAGCACAUUCGAACUUAGCAAGUGUUCUGCAACAGCAGGGCAAGUUACAGGAAGCUCUGAUGCAUUACAAAGAGGCUAUUAGAAUCAGCCCCACGUUUGCAGAUGCUUAUUCUAAUAUGGGAAACACUUUGAAGGAGAUGCAGGAUGUUCAGGGAGCUCUGCAGUGCUACACCCGUGCCAUUCAGAUAAACCCAGCUUUUGCUGAUGCCCACAGCAACCUGGCCUCGAUUCACAAGGAUUCAGGGAAUAUACCAGAAGCCAUUGCCUCUUACCGUACUGCUCUGAAACUGAAACCUGAUUUCCCAGAUGCCUAUUGCAACUUGGCCCACUGUUUGCAGAUUGUCUGUGACUGGACAGACUAUGAUGAAAGAAUGAAGAAGCUGGUCAGCAUUGUAGCUGAUCAGCUGGAGAAAAACAGACUGCCCUCUGUACACCCACAUCAUAGCAUGCUGUAUCCCCUGUCUCACAGUUUUAGGAAGGCAAUUGCUGAGAGACAUGGAAAUCUCUGUUUGGACAAGAUUAAUGUUCUUCACAAGCCACCAUAUGAGCAUCCCAAGGAUUUGAAGGCCAGUGAAGGUCGACUGCGUAUUGGCUACGUGAGCUCUGAUUUUGGAAACCAUCCAACCUCACACCUAAUGCAGUCAAUUCCAGGCAUGCAUAACCCAGACAAAUUCGAGGUAUUCUGUUAUGCCCUGAGUCCUGAUGAUGGGACAAACUUCCGUGUAAAAGUGAUGGCUGAAGCAAAUCAUUUCAUUGACUUAUCUCAGAUACCAUGUAAUGGAAAAGCAGCAGACCGCAUCCAUCAGGACGGGAUUCACAUUCUCAUUAACAUGAAUGGCUACACCAAAGGAGCCCGAAAUGAAUUGUUUGCCCUGAGACCAGCACCUAUUCAGGCAAUGUGGCUAGGAUAUCCUGGAACCAGUGGGGCAUUGUUCAUGGAUUAUAUCAUCACAGAUAAAGAAACUUCACCAGUUGAGGUGGCUGAGCAGUAUUCAGAGAAAUUAGCUUACAUGCCGAACACUUUCUUUAUUGGAGACCAUGCCAACAUGUUCCCCCAUCUGAAGAAAAAAGCAGUGAUUGAUUUCAAGUCCAAUGGCCAUAUUUAUGAUAACAGGAUUGUUUUGAAUGGCAUUGACUUGAAGGCAUUCCUGGACAGCCUUCCUGAUGUCAAGAUCGUUAAGAUGAAGUGUCCUGACAGCUGUGACAACGCCGAUGGCAAUGCCGCCCUCAGCAUGCCCGUGAUCCCUAUGAACACCAUUGCAGAGGCUGUGAUUGAGAUGAUAAACCGUGGGCAAAUUCAGAUUACUAUCAAUGGCUUCAACAUCAGUAAUGGAUUAGCAACUACUCAGAUAAACAACAAAGCAGCAACUGGUGAAGAAGUUCCACGGACUAUAAUUGUCACUACCCGUUCUCAGUACGGCCUACCAGAGGAUGCUGUUGUGUACUGUAACUUCAAUCAGCUCUAUAAGAUUGAUCCUUCCACCUUGCAGAUGUGGGCUAAUAUCCUUAAAAGAGUUCCCAACAGUGUGCUGUGGCUGCUGCGCUUCCCAGCUGUAGGAGAGCCCAAUAUCCAGCAGUACGCACAAAACUUGGGCCUUGCCCAAAACCGAAUCAUCUUUUCACCUGUUGCCCCCAAAGAAGAGCAUGUGAGGAGAGGGCAGUUGGCUGAUGUUUGUCUGGACACUCCCCUUUGCAAUGGGCACACAACUGGCAUGGAUGUGCUCUGGGCUGGGACUCCCAUGGUCACUAUGCCAGGCGAGACUCUGGCCUCACGAGUUGCUGCCUCACAGCUCACUUGCCUGGGUUGUCUUGAGCUCAUUGCAAAAAGCAGACAGGAGUAUGAGGAUAUUGCUGUGAAACUGGGAACUGACCUGGAAUACCUGAAAAAAAUCCGUGGCAAAGUGUGGAAGCAGAGAAUAUCCAGCCCUCUGUUCAACACGAAGCAGUACACGAUGGACCUGGAGCGGCUCUACCUGCAGAUGUGGGAUCACUACGCUGCGGGCAACAAACCCGACCACAUGAUCAAAGCCGUGGAGGCCAGCGAGUCUGCAUGAACAGAGACACACUGGGCCUGCCCUCCAAACUCUCCAGGAACUGAGCCUCUCCAACACCUGUGCAGAGAUGAUCAGCUAAAAACUGUGCAUUUCUACUUAAUCUGCCUGGUACUCUGUGGCUGAAGUAAUACAUGAUGGUGAUUAAAGCACAGCCAGACUUAUUUCUUGCAUGAUAGGGAAAGACUCAAUAGAGCCUGGGAUCCUUUUAUUCCAUGAGGAAUUUGAAUGGGAUUGAGCCGUGUACAUGUGAGCCUGUGUGUAUGAGUGACAAAGUGGUUGCUGGGGGAAGUUUGAACUGCCCAACCAGUUUAUGAUAUCAUGGAUUGAUUUAAUCUUCCUACAAACCUCUCUCCUUUUACGUGGAUUGGGAAUUGGAGCGUUUUAACACUUGAUUUUGGGUACUCCUGUUGGUAUAUAUGUGGUUCUCCCAUGACAAGAUUUCCAGCUAGCGAGUUGCUCCCUGUGUUAAUUUCUAAACUGCGUGGACUGAAAGGGCGUAUGUGCUGGUGUAGUCUUUUUUUAUAGGUUUUAUAAACCACUUGAGCCUAUAUCAGCCUUUUAAUGUUUGACCUCUGUUUUGGAGCUCUCUCUGUAAUGUGUUGGUUAAGAUAAGGACUUUUGUUUUUUUGUUUUGUUUUGUUUUAUAAGCUUCUCCAAUAAUUCAGCUAAUUGGCUUCAUGAUGGCAGCUCCUAUUCUGUUAAAAAACCAAAUUUAAUUUGAAAUUAAUCCUUCCCACAGGUGUUUGAGGUGAACACAAACUGGUGCCAAAUACAGAUCUUUCAGGAAUGAUUGUUAAUUAUGUAUAGGGGUGCAGUCCUAGGUACUGUAGCAAAGACUUUAAAAAAAAAAAAUAAAGCUUUGGUUUGCCAGUUUGAUUUGA